AUGAUCAGUUCUGCCAAGGAGGAAGUCACGCUUGCGAGUUUGUACCUGGGCAGCAACGAGGGUGAAAUCGUGAGUGCAGGCCGGCGCAGGGCGAACAUUUGACAUCGAGUGGUGUUGGAAAGAAGAUUGGUGGAGGGGAUGUAUGCUAUGAUCGAAAAAUCUUCGGUGGCAAGGCGAGAGGAGAUUGAAUAGUAGAAACGUUCGUUGAUUUCAACGCUAACGCUGUGCGGCGCCUCUUUGCACUCGCCUGCUCUCCCUACCAGGUAGAAGCCCUACGUACUGCCUUGACGCUCAAUCCUCGUCUACAGGUCACAUUCCUACUAGACUAUCAACGCUCCACUCGCGAAGGUCCCUACGUGUCCACAGACGCUCGCUCGCAAUCAGCAGCUUCCUUACUAUCGCCCUUGGUGCGAGACUUUGGAUCGAAGAGGGUGAAUGUGAGAUUGUAUAGAGCUCCGGGGCUGAGCAAGUGGAUGGAGAGGUUGGUAGGGAAGAGGCUGGUUGAAGGGUGGGGAUUGCAGCACGUCAAGAUUUACCUCGCGGACGGCCGGGCUCUGAUCAGUGGGUGAGUGUGAGGAACGUGCAGAUCGUCUCAAGCUUUUGCUGGUGGUCGAUUAUGAUUUGUAGCGCCGAGUCUGCAAGACUACAUCCUGCUGCCACGCGUGUAGCUCGGAUCAUCAUCGCGCUCACGCUCCUCCUGUCCUCUUCUCUUCUCUCGCAGCGCCAACCUCUCGGCCGACUACUUCACAAACAGACAAGAUCGAUACAUUCACUUCGAUCAAGCUCAUGCGCAAGGUCUCUCGCUUUACCUACGCUCCCUGGUGCGCAUCAGCGAAAAGUACUCGUACUCUCUGCGCUGUAUCGAGCCUAGGCAGCAGGAGAGCUCAGAAGCGAGACCAAAUUCGGAUCCGCGCUUCAGCCCGGACGUCGAGUCAGAUGCAGAUGAGACGACUUUGGGCCAUCAAGCACAAAGGUUGAGGCUGAGGAGAGAAGUGCGGGCAGACCAUGCGCCUUAUGAGGUGAUUUGGACUGGACGACCGGGCUACCUAGAUGAUGCGACUGCGGAUGUUUGGGGGGGAGUUGGCAAGGUGGAGGAGAAGAAUUGGUCAGCUUUGGCCAAGGCGGAGAUUGUUCAGUUGAAUCAUGACUGGUUCGACAAGACUUCAGAGCAGCUCCGUGCUUCAGGCGAGCAAAGGGACGAGAUUGCGAUCGUGCCGUUGGUGCAGAUGGCACCAUUGGGCAUUCGAGACGAGACUCGUUUUGUGCAGCUGUUGCCCGAGUGGAUGAAUCGAUUAGCCAUCUCUUCUUCAUCCUCUUCAUCAUCAUCUCUUUCCACGCCAGCGCGAGGCAUGUCUUUGACGCUGACGAGCGGAUAUUUCUGCCUCUCUCCAAGCUGGACACGAACCAUCCUGCGACUAUCUCGCAGUUUCAAAGUGGACAUCCUAGCCGCUUCUCCGCGCUCCAAUGGAUUUUUCGGCUCGAAAGGCAUCAGCAGACAUUUACCGCCAGCAUACACUUUUUUGGAGUGCUUGUUUUGGAAGAGCGCUGAGAGGGAGGGAGUGCUUAGGGAGCAGCUGAUGGAGGGAGAAGAAAAGGGAGUGCGGAUGAAGGAGUGGACUAGACAUGGUUGGACUUAUCAUGCAAAAGGUCAGUAA